GAGACAGAGAGAGGGAGAGAGUGAGUGCUAGAGUGUGCAUGUGUGGGUGAAGGAGAGAAGACGAAAGAGAAACGAGAAAGAAGAGAAAGAGGCAAGGACAGAAAGAGGAGCUCCUCCUGAUGGAGUCCUGCAGAAAGCCCUGGCUUCCUCUGCUGCUCCUGCUGGUGCCCUCACUGCAGAUCUGCACCACAACGACCAAUACACAGUUAUGUAACCAAGAUGUGGACGGCUCCAUAUUUGAUUAUGGGGCCAAUACUUUAAAUGGAAGCCACAUUCCUUUGCGUCAGUAUGCUGGGAAGUACGUCCUCAUCUUGAACGUGGCCAGCUUCUGAGGACUUACCUUCCAGUAUGUGGAACUGAAUGCACUACAUGAUGAACUGAAGCAUCUGGGCUUCACCAUCCUCGGAUUUCCUUGCAACCAAUUUGGGUUACAAGAGCCCGGGUCCAAUAAUGAAAUCUUGGCCAUCCUAAAGCACGUCCGCCCAGGCAGCGGCUUCGUUCCAAAUUUCCAGCUAUUUGAAAAGGGCAAUGUGAACGGAGAGAAGGAGCAGAGCCUGUUCACCUUCCUGAAGAACGCCUGCCCACCUGUGGGCGACAGCUUUGGGAACCCCACCAACAGGCUGUUCUGGGACCCGCUGAAGGUCAGCGACAUUAAGUGGAACUUUGAGAAGUUUCUGGUGGGACCAAACGGGAAGCCUUUGAAGAGGUGGUUUCCGAGGGUGAGUGUCUCUGAAGUCCGAAACGACAUCAUCCGUCUGAUCAGUCAACAGUAUUCCCAACACUAAUCGACUCCAGAAUCUGGAAUGAUUUCGAGUAAUCCUGUUCUGUGUCUAUUUACCAUGUUAAAAAACACCCUUUUGUAAAUUAGAUCAUUACAAGGUUCUUCACUUCCAGUCCUGAAGGGCCACAGAGCUGAAGAGCUGUGAGUCGAACAGGCCUGAUUCAGUUUAUAAAAGUCUUGGUGAACUGAGUCCGGCCUGUCUGGGUGAGGAAACCUCCCAACUGUCCAGCUCAGUCACCGUCCGGGACUGGCCGUGAAGAACGCUGCUUUACACUGAGGAGAAGAGUGAGUGAGGUCACUCGGCAGGGCUGGCUGGUGGAGCUGGAGAUGUGACGUGUUGAUGAAGGUCAGGUUUGAAAGCGAACCCUCUGCAAAGCCUGACUGGAGUGUCGGGGCCAGAGCGGCUCUUCAGUGCAUUCAGGCUGCUCUGCUGCUUCCUUUCGGCCACAUCCAUCUUCCUGACCUGACCACUCAGCCCUGCUCAAGCCUGUCUGAACAUCCUGUCAAUAAAGUUUUCAGUGCAAGACGUCA